UGUUCCACCACACAGUUCGACCAUCAGUGUUCCACUGUUCCACCACACUGUUCCACCAUCACUGUUCCACUGUUCCACCACACUAUGCCACCAUCACUAUUUCACUGUUCCACUAACACUGUUCCACCAUCACUGUUCCACUGUUCCACAACACUGUUCCACUAUCACUGUUCAACUGUUCCACUAUACUGUUCCACCAUCACUGUUCCACUGUUCCACCACACUAUUCCACCAUCACUGUUCCACUGUUCAACCACACUGCUCUACAAUCACUGUUCCACUGUUCCACCACGCUGUUCCACCAUCACUGUUGCACUGUUCUACCACACUGUUCCACUAACACUGUUCCACCAACACUGAUCCACCAACACUGUUCCACCAACACUGUUCCACUGUUCCACCACACUGUUCCACUAUCACCGGUUCACUAUUCCACAACACUGUUCCACUAUCACUGUUCCACCAUCACUGUUCCACUGUUCCACCACACUAUUCCACCAUCACUGUUCCACUGUUCCACCACACUAUUCCACCAUCACUGUUCCACUGUUGCACCAAACAGUUCCACCAUCACUGUUCCACGAUCACUGUUUCACUGUUCCACCAACCAUGUUUCACUGUUCCACCACGCUGUUCCACUCUUCCACCUUCACUGUCGCACUGUUUCACCACACUGUUCCACUAACACUGUUCCACCAUCACGGUUGCACUGUUCCACCACACUUUUCCACCAACACUGUUCCACUGUUCCACAAUCACUGUUGCACUGUUCCACCAACACUGUUCCACUGUUUCACCAUCACUGUUCCACUGUUCCACCACGCUGUUCCACUAUCACUGUUCCACAGUUCCAACACACUGUUCCACCUUCACUGUCGCACUGUUCCACCACCCUGUUCCACCAACACUGUUCCACCAUCACUGUUUCACUGUUCCACCAACACUGUUCCACCAUCUCUGUUCCACUGUUCCACCAAACUGUUCCACUAUCACUGUUUCAAUAUUCCACAACACUGUUCCGCUAUCACUGUUCCACUGUUCAACCACACUGUUCCACCAUCACUGUUCCACUGUUCCACCACACUAUUCCACCAGCACUGUUUAACUGUUCCACCACACUCUUCCAC